AGUCCCAGGACACAAUGUGUGACUCGCGUUCAUCUGACAGACGCUCUCUCCGCUCCGAUUCCUGCGCUCACGCAACCUGCUGCGUUUCUGUGAGGACUGCCAGUCAAGUAGCUGUGAUGAAGGGAGACAAGUCCCUGUCAGCUCAGUAAAGUAAAUCUGCAGGACUAAUGAAUGAAAAAAACACAUUACAUCCAACGGAGGCAGACGGAAACAGAACACGUCAUCACUUUUGCAGGUUCCUUUCCUGCUGUAACUCUCAGAACAUAAUGGUGGCUUUUAAAGGGAUCUGGACCAAGGAAUUCUGGAGGGCUGUUUCAGGAGAAUACCUGGCCUCUGUCAUCUUUGUCCUCCUCGGUUUGGGCUCCACCGUCAACUGGGCUGCAGGGGAGGAGAAGCCUCCCCCGGCUGACCUGGUCCUCAUCUCCUUGUGCUUCGGUCUCAGCAUUGCCACCAUGGUGCAGUGUUUUGGCCACAUCAGUGGCGGGCACAUCAACCCCGCCGUCACAGCGGCCAUGGUUGUGACCAGGAAGCUGAGCCUGGCGAAAGCUCUGUUCUAUGUGGUGGCGCAAUGCCUGGGAGCUAUAACUGGAGCCGGGAUUUUGUACCUAGUAACACCUGCCGGUGUUAGAGGGUCCCUUGGCGUGACCAAGGUGAAUGCCAACGUGGCUUUAGGAAAUGCCCUUCUUGUGGAGCUCCUCAUCACAUUUGAGCUGGUCUUCACCGUCUUUGCCACCUGUGACUCCAAGCGCACAGAUCUGAGUGGAUCUCCAAGCCUGGCCAUUGGACUUGCAGUGGCUAUCGGUCAUUUAUUUGGAAUUCCUUACACUGGAGCCAGCAUGAACCCUGCUCGCUCCUUUGGGCCGGCAAUGGUCACACUUAACUUUGAGAACCACUGGGUGUACUGGCUGGGUCCCAUUCUCGGAGGGCUGCUGGCUGCAGGUUUUUACGAGUACCUGUACUGCCCCGACCCUGAGAUAAAGAAGAAAAUGCAUCAAAUCUUCAAGAAGGCCCCAUCAGGGACUUACAAAGAGGUGGAAACUGAAGACUGCGGGGUCAAGUCUGUCUCCGGCCACAACAUCGAUCUGGAAAAAGCGGAGAAAAAAGAUUUGUUCCAUGACUCAACGGGAGAAGUGCUGUCCUCGGUAUGACUAUCACGUGCACUGGAAAUGGAGACCAACUUGUAGUGACAACUUUUGCCCCCCCCACCUGAGACUUUGUUCUUAUAGCAAAGUAUGUUUUUUCUUUCUUUUUACAUCUACUCUCUUGGAGAGCAAGUUAUUUUAUAUCAUGUAGCAGACAAUAAACACGGCCGACUGGUAUUAAGGAAAUAUGUGUGGGGUCAACCAAUUACAUGGGGUCAUCACUCUGCAUUGGAGACGUGAGGAAGAAGAGAACGUAGCCUUGUUAAUUUUGGAUUAGUGUCACAUUUGGUCUGCCUUCUGUGCAUGUGUUCGACAGAGAGAUCGUCCGUGUGAUCAUUAAGCACAAUAUACAUCCCGAGAAAUGGAAGACAGCUCUGACAAGCUGUAAUAACACAGUUGUAUGGCAGCGUUCUCUAUUUUCAGUGCAUCGACGAGGAUAAUAAUUUAUGGAAACUCUCUUCUGUUUAUGCUUUUCUUUAGGGAUCCCAUCUCUCCUUUAUAGCUGUACUAAGUUUGAUUUAUUCCCCUUUAGAAAUCUGAAUUUUUUUAAAUUCAUUUUUAUUCAUUUCCAUAGGAAAAUAUAAACAUAAUACAUUAAAAAUACACAAGGCAUUUUUUGCUGAGGAAUUAAAAGGAAGCAGAAUGAAGAAAACUUAUUUUUCUGCUCCUUUUAUGUGCAAUACAUACAAAAAAAUGUACAACUACAAGCAAUUACACAUUACUAUGUGGAUGAGAAUAUAGUAUUUACAGGUAAGUAAAAUAAACAUCAAGAUUGGGAAGUCUUUUUCUUCUUUUCCACCGAGUUUUUAUAACUCAACGCAACAACAAACAAGGCUAUUAAUUAUAUUUUCAGAGUUUUUCUUUAUUUUUGUUUAUAUAAAUUGUGACUUGGUUCCUUUGAUUAUUAAAGUUUGUUCCACAUUGAACUGACAUACAUCUUUCUUUAACUUUUGCUCUAAAUUUUGGCAAAGAGAAAACUUCAUAACCUUUUAAGUUAUAUUUCUUUUUGAGAACAUGUUUUGUAUCUUAUGUAGCUUUGUGCAUUAACUUUAAAGAUUAACUUAAACAUUUAUUUUUUUUUUUAUUAUUUACUGAAUAUUUCGAGUUUGUAAAACAUUAUUUGUGAUCUGCUGUUCACUUUCUUUAAGUAUUUAAUCUUUUAUCAUUAGGAUUAUGUUUUCUUAAGUUGUGUAAACAUACUAGAAAUAGGAAAAAAUGCAAUUUUUCUUGUAUAUUCAUCAACAGAAGAGCUUUAGAUAUUCUCUGCACCAUUUAAUACCUAAUAAAAAAUCAUGUAAUUAUUGGAUUUUUUUAGUUUAGACUGAUACAAAAAACAAAUUUAUACCAAUAAAUCUUUUACUUCUGGAUUUUUUGUAUUAAUUAUUCUUGCCAGUUGCAUAGUUGAAAAUUACACUUCAGAAAUAAAAGGCAAUCUGUGAAAGAAAGUGUACAUUUUAUUGUGUUCUGUGGAGCUCUGUGGAACUUGAGAGCUGUAAUUUAGACACUAAAUCAACAUUGUGUUUAUACCCACACAGACCGAGCCUUUGUGCGCUCUCACAUGUAGCAACUGCCUCGCCUACUGGCCAAAGAGUGAAUCUCCUGCAGUGAAAAAGAGAUUUCCCUGUUUGGUUUUGUCCAGGCGAGGGCAGCCGUGAGCCUCGGAUGGGUAGAUUUAGUCAGGCCUGGGCCGGCCAAAUGUCACUUUUAUUUUGAAAUGUAUCCAGGUCAUUAAUUCAGAAGUUCAUAUAAGGAUAAAUGUGGCGUUGCUUCCAUUUACCAUUAAAUAAAGAGAGUUGUAAAUUGAUUUUUUAAUGCUUUUUUUGUUACUUCUUUAACAGUUGUUAG